UUUCAAACCACUGACCUUCAACUAUUCCAUGAUAAUACUAUUAUUUUCACACCAGCCCGAAUGGCAAAGCGGCCAGCAAAUAUUCGGACCGAUUGAUUUGGCUUUCAUGAUACGAGACGGCCUCCACUAGCAAUGGCAUUCAUGACCUGUCCGACAAUAGUAUGGCACCUCUUGAUAGCCGUGAUUUGCAGCGCUGGUGUCGGGCAAGCGGCAAGACAAGCCGGGGACGAUAGGCCGAACUUCAUCAUCUAUGUUCCGGAUGAAACAAGAGCGGAGAGUAUUGGAGCCUAUGGCCAUCCAUUUGUCCGCACGCCAAAUUUGGAUGCACUGGCCGCUAAUGGAACGGUGUUCAAGGAAGCUCAUGUCCUGCACACACAGUGUGCACCGAGUCGUUGUGCUAUGAUCACUGGUCGGUAUAUGCACGUACUGGGACAUCGCACACAGACACACCUGGUGCAGGAUUACGAGGAAAACUUCUUCCGCUAUCUGAAAGACGCCGGCUACCAUGUCGAGUGGCACGGCAAAAACGAUAUGUUUUCACAAGCUGCGUUUCCUCUCUCAGUCACCAACUGGACGACCGACACGGGCGUCCCCGAGGGACCAAAUCCGUAUCCCUUCGGCGAGCCUGGUUACUAUGGAUACCAGGGUAGCAGAUCACCCAAAUAUGGAAAUGACUCGAGUGCCAGCGGUGACUACAGGGGUAUUCUACACAGUGUGCAGUUCAUGCAGAACAACCCGCCAGAGCCGUUCGUACUGUUCAUUCCAGGCAUUGGAUCUCACCCACCAUACGGUGCACCGUAUGAUUACUAUGAUAUGUAUACACCGGAGCAAGUAUCAAAACUGGCACCACUCCGCCCUCCUAACAUAGCAAACAAGCCAAAGUACCACAACAGCUACAUCACAUAUCACGACCUGCAAUCGUUCAACCAGACCUUUUUCGACAGGACCAAUGCCAUCUACCUGGGUCGGGUCAGCUAUGUGGACUGGAUGUUUGGCGAGCUGGUAAAGGGAAUUGAUGCACUGCCCGACAUAGCCAAGAACACUGCCAUCUUUGUGACAUCUGAUCAUGGAGACUUCAGUGGUGACUAUCAUCUUGUGGAGAAAUGGCCAGGUGGAAUGGAUGACAUCCUAACACGUGUGCCUCUCAUCGGUCGGAUUCCCGGUGGUGUGAAAGGUCAUGUGGUGGAGGCUCCAGUCAAUGUCUUCGAUCUCUUCUACACGCUAACUGUGAUGGCUCAGGUGAACGUAUCUCACAUUCACUUUGCUAGAAGUCUUCUCCCUGAGUUGAUGGGUGAUGCUGGUGAUAUGAAUCGCACGGUCUACAGCGAAGGUGGAUAUCAAUACUUCAGAGAAUUUGAACCCAACGAUCCGGAACAAGCAAAAAGCUAUGCCGACCCGAAGAGAAAUUUCUAUCCUAGAGGAAGAGAGGAGGUGGAGGAAGGCUGUCCCAGGGCCAUCAUGGCCAAGACAGCUACUUACAAGCUAGUCUAUAGACCUGAAGGUGUCAGUGAGUUGUACGACUUGGCAACGGACAAACGGGAGCUCAAUAACGUCUACAGCGAUCCGAAUUAUCAAAAGGUGCGUACUGAGAUGCUGAAUGAUCUGCUGAAGUUCUUGGUUAGAACUGCCGAUGUCACACCAGUGCUGGAAGAUCCCAGAGGCUUACCGAAGCCGCCUCAUCUCGGUUAACAUGGACAUGCCCGCAAGUGGGUUGUGGCUACAUUGGCCACAGGAUGUGCCACCAGCAUGUAGUGGAAGGAUUGGCAUGCUGAUUAAUGAUGAUGUCCCCGCAUACGUAUUUCUAAUUAUCGCAAGAAAACAUGCAUGCAGCGGCUAUGUCCAGAGAUUGUUAUCAUGGCUGUUCACGUCCGUCAGCAGAGAUAUGUUUUAGUUACUUACUUCUCCUAAUGUUUGCACAUUUGGAAACAUACUUGUUUGAUUUAAGGAUGCCUUUACGGUUUCACCUCACCAUUUGUAACCAACAGCAUGCUGGGUUUUCUAUGUACUUUUUUGAAGUACUAUUGUCCGCUGUACAGCAAAACAUGAUGGCCCGCACACCAUAAUGGCUAUACCGUAUACAAUAUUGGAGAGCGCGGUUA